CUCCACUGGAAGCUGCGCAAGUGUUCUGUCUUUGGGGGAAGCGCCGUCAUUAACGGCACAGCCCAUCCCCUUCAACCUCCCACUCGGUCAAACUUCAUCCACCGCCUGGGAAGAAGAAAACAAAGUGGACAAGUGGAAGAGGCGGACAGACGGGGCGAUCCGAGCGCCAUUGGCACACACUCCAAAAAGAAAAAAAAGAAUCCAACAGGAGACGGCACUGGGGGGCACACCGGCACUGGCACAAGGUGGAAGAAAAAGACCGGGGGUCUUAAGGCGAAGUAAACGGAUCAAGAGAAUCCUCUUUGUUACCGAAUCUGUGAGUUCUUGUUCUGCAGGGUCAUGUUUGCAAUCCUGAGGUGCGCUCUCUACAUUUCCCUGAUUGUUAAGGUGGACGGCGUGGCUGAUGACCGCCACUCCGCACUGCCUGCCGGACCCCCCUUAGGACUGAAGCUGCUGACCCCUCACCGAAUGGACAUCAACAGCACGUGCGGCUUCUGCAGGAUUUUAGAGAUCGGCAGCCUGAACGUGAUGGACACUCUCGACACAUGGCCGCCGAGGUGGAGUUUCCAACACUGCGAGACCAACCUGAGUGCCGCUCAAGCAGAUUGUUUCCACAUGCAGAAGGAGCGGGUUGAGAACAUCACUCGAGAGGAGCUGCUGAAAAGCUUCACCUCAGUAAUCAGAAACACAAGCAAGGACGCCAUGAUGGCAGCAGAUGGCCGUCUGCACACAAACUUCGACUUUCGUGUCGUUGACAGAUGCAAUCAAACAUCACCGGAGCUACCGAGGAGUGAGAGCGACGGUGACGGCGACAGCAACUGCACAGCGCUCUGUGACUCAGCGCCCUGCUUUUACAUCUCCAUCAGUGAAGCCGCCGUGGAAAAAUUACUGGCGACUAGUGAACCAAACAGCUCAGCUACCGACUCUCCAGUGAGAAGAAAAAGCUCCACCAGUUCAGCGGCAGAUGUCACCAAGGUUUCAAAAGAGACGUCGACUUUAACAGAACAUGAGGCCAUCAAAACGAAAACCUCAACAGUUUUCAAAGCCACAGAGAAAGCAGAGGUUGGGCGCGACCCCUCUGAUGCGUCUUUUACGACACAGAGUGAAGAGCCGCUGAAGUUCUCCUCUGGAACAAGCGCCGUGACCACACCGGUCUACUCGCCCUCUGCAGUUACAGCCGGCAGCACCACGUCGACCGUGCUGGGAUCAUCGGACAUCCCGCAGAGGAAGGAGGACACGACUACCUUGAAGCCUCAUUCAGAUCAAACUACUUCACAACCUUCGCAAUGUACCGCCGUUACAGAGCUCUCCACGCGGACAUCCCAAAAAGGGCCUGACAAAUUGACCACCCCUGAAAAAAUUGAUUUCUUUACCGGUGGACUGGAUUACGACGAAACUGAAAAUCCCACUGAACGUCCGGUCCCAUCUGACCAAGACAUCCCAUGCGACUAUCAUCCAUGCCGACAUCUUCAGAGGCCUUGUCGUGAACUUCAAAAGUUGCAGCAUUGUCUAUGUCCAGGACUGACAGGUGACAAAAUUCAGCCCGGUCAACCCCUAAAGGUCGAGGUGCCAGAGACGACCUACAGCUCCGCUCAAAUCCACUGGUGUGCUCCAUAUUCCGUCUUAUCCGAGUACCGCAUAACCUUGAGUCAAAAAGACACUCCAAUCAUGCGGACCAUAACCAAUAUUUUUGUGACAUUUCGGAACUUUACGCUGUACGACUUGGCACCAGGAACAACUUACAACGUGUGCGUUGUGGCAAAAAACACGGGCGGCACAAAUAAAAAAUGCACAAUUUUUACCACCAAGUCGGAAAGUACAUGGGUCUUGUACCUCUUGGCGGCACUGAGCGGAGUCCUCCUGCUCGCUGUGAUCACCCUUUCAGGCUUUUUGUAUAAAAGUUGUAGCAGCCAACCGCCCGAACUCCCCUACCUUACCAACUCUCUGUCCAUUUUAAAUCCCGCAUUUAGCAGCCAGGGUUUGAAUCUGCAGCCAUAAAAUUUCAAGGUUGAAUGAGAACCGUCCACAUCUAAAAUUAAUCCUAGGAUGGCGCAAAGAUCCUGCAAAUUCCCUGAAUCAGAACCGUAAGGAACCAAUGGGCUGUGACGAGAAAAAAGAAAGGGCUCGGCGAAUUGGCCUCAUAGUGAUGAUCUAUCUAUAUACUCACAUACAAGUCGGGUCUUAAAAUCCGAAAAAAAACGAUCAUAAAAUCAGACCCCAACUUGUACGCCCAUUCAAAAAUACACUUAAAUUUUUUUUUUUUUUACGUCU